CGAGAAUUUUCAGUGAACCGAAAAUUUGACAUAUGGAGCGAAAAGUCUCCCAGAUUUUCCAAGUCCAAGACAACUACUCAUGGAUUGCAGUACACUGUUGGACCAUCAAGUCGGAGGUGGUGUUUGUGGAUGCUGUGGGGCCCUGAGACCCCGUUAUAAGAGGCUGGUGGAUAACAUCUUUCCUGAAGACCCUGAGGACGGUUUGGUGAAAGCUAACAUGGAGAAGCUUACGUUUUAUGCCUUGUCUGCUCCGGAGAAACUAGACCGUAUCGGUGCCUACCUGUCAGAGAGACUAUCCAGAGACGUUGCCCGGUAUAGAUAUGGGUAUGUUUGUAUUGCUAUGGAGGCUUUGGACCAGCUACUGAUGGCCUGUCACUGUCAGACUAUAAACCUUUUUGUGGAGAGUUUCCUUACUAUGGUGCGCAAGCUGCUGGAGGCAGACAAACCCAAUUUACAGAUCCUGGGCACUAACUCAUUUGUGAAGUUUGCGAACAUAGAGGAGGACACACCAUCAUACCAUCGUAGCUACGAUUUCUUUGUCUCACGCUUCAGUGAGAUGUGCCAUUCCAGUUACGAGGAUCCAGAUAUUCGCACAAAGAUUCGUAUGGCAGGGAUCAGGGGUCUUCAGGGGGUGGUGAGGAAAACUGUCAAUGAUGAACUGCAGGCAAAUAUUUGGGACCCUCAACACAUGGACAAAAUCGUGCCGUCUCUCUUGUUCAACCUCCAACAGGAAGAAGGCGUAGAGAGGUCUCCUUCCCCAGAGGCAGAGAAGGAGAGUCCAGUGGAGCUGACAGAGAGAUGCUUUCGAGAGCUGCUAGGACGAGCGGCCUAUGGCAACAUCAAGAAUGCUGUGAAACCCGUGCUCAUGCACCUCGAUAACCAUUCACUUUGGGAGAGCAAAACAUUUGCAGUCCGUUGUUUCAAAAUCAUCAUGUACUCCAUUCAGUCCCAACAUUCACAUCUGGUGAUUCAGCAGCUAUUGGGCCACUUGGAUGCCAACAGUAAGAAUUCAUCCCGAGUGCGUGCUGGGAUAGUGGAGGUGAUCUCAGAGGCAGCUGUCAUAGAGGCCAGUGGAUCCAUAGGGCCCACAGUACUGGAAGUGUUUAAUACUCUACUGAAGCAGCUCAGACUCAGUGUGGACUACGAGCUUACAGGAUCCUACGACUCUUUUGCAAACAUGGGCUCCAAGGUCAUUAAAGUACAUGAGGAGAGACAACUCCAAGAAGCCGUCAUCAAAACUGUCGGCUCAUUUGCAAACACACUGCCCCCCUACCAGCGCUCAGAAGUCAUGUUGUUCAUCAUCGGUAAAAUUCCUGUGCCAGGCAUGUAUCCGGCUCUGGGCUCGGCCAACACUGGGGUUGAGGGCAGUAGGAUGAUCCAGGUUAUGCUGCUAAAGUCUCUGCUGCAGGUAACAGCAGGAUUCCAGUCUACAAACAUUUUGACAGCACUUCCCACCUCAUUCCUGGACCCUCUCUUGUCCUUCACUCUGAUGGAAGAUGCAGAGAUCCGUCUACUCGUUCUUGACAUCCUCAUCAGCAUCAUUGAUCGCCAUGACAACCGGAACAAAUUCUCCCCUGUCAGAAUUAUCUCAGAUAUCUCAGUACUGAAGCUGAAAGUAGACAAGUGCUCAAGGCAGGAUAACCUGUUCAUGAAGAAACACAGCCAGAGGCUAUACCGCCACAUUUACCUAGCCUGCAAAGAGGAGAGCAGCGUCCAGCGGCAUUUUGAGUCUCUUUAUACGCUGCUGGGGUUGAUCUGUGUGGAGCUGGCCAAUGAGGAGGCGGUGGUGGACCUGAUCCGACUGGCUUUGGCAUUACAGGACCUGGCCUUGACUGAAGAGGCUCUUCCUGUAUAUACCCGCUGUGCCAUCCACGCUCUGUCAGCUGUGUACCUGAACCUCAUCUGUCAGCUGACCACUGUGCCUACAUUCUGCCAACAUGUCCAUGAGGUGAUUGAGUCAAGAAAGAAACUCGUCCCUUUCCUGCUGCCAGAGGAUGUUCUUGUUGAGAGCUCAAAGAUCCCAGAGAAGUUGGAGAAGGUGGAGGGAGAGGUGCUGUUUGUGCAGACUAAGAUAGCAGAGAUGCUGGGCGGCAGCGGAUACAACACAGAGAGACUGGCCACUUCAUACAUCCCACAGAUCACAGAUGAAGACCGACUGUCCAAGAGGAAGAGUAUUGGAGACACUGUCUCUCUGCAGUUAGAGAUGGAGUCUAGAAACAGUCCAGAGAAAGAGCAGAGAUCCACAGCAGAGCAGAUAACAGAGUGA